CCUAUAAAAGACCUCAGGCAACCCCAUUCAUCGCAGUUCUAACAAUUCCAUCCCCCCUUUUAGGAGAGAAUUCUGCUAUUACUUCCUUCAUAUCCAAGCAAUGUCGAUCUCGAUCUUCCGUUCCCCUCUACAUAUCAUUCUCAUUGUUUUGCUCAUAAGUUGUGUAACCAGCGUUAAUUCGACAACUUUUACAUUCAUAAACAGGUGCGAUUACGCUGUUUAUCCCGGAACUCUCUCCGGUUCCUCCAGCCCUCCACUAGAAACCACCGGAUUCCAGCUCCAGCCCGGCGAGUCUCGCUCACUUCAAGCCCCACCAAGCUGGUCCGGCAGGUUCUGGGGCCGAACCGGUUGCAACUUCGACCCCACCACCGGCCAAGGCUCCUGCACCAGCGCCGACUGCGGCUCCAACCAACUCCAGUGCAACGGUGCCGGUGCAAUCCCUCCCGCCACUCUCGCCGAGUUCACAAUCGGUUCCGGUGAUACAAAAGACUUCUAUGACGUCAGCCUAGUUGAUGGCUUCAACUUGCCUAUGCUGGUCGAACCGAGCGGUGGCUCCGGUGACUGUUCUAUUACCGGGUGCUCGGUGAACUUGAACAAGGGAUGUCCUAGUGAGUUACAGUUCGGAGGCGGUGCCGGGUGUAGGAGCGCCUGCGAGGCUUUUCAGACGCCGGAGUACUGCUGCAGCGGAGCGUAUGGCUCACCUUCGACGUGUAAGCCGUCCGUUUACUCGCAGAUGUUUAAGGCGGCGUGUCCGACGGCGUAUAGCUAUGCGUACGAUGAUGGCACCAGUACGUUCACAUGCAGUGGAGCUGAUUACGCCAUAACAUUCUGCCCUUCGUCCACAACGAGUCAAAAAACGUCAACACAAUCACUAACACCACCAACAACGUCAACACAACCAACGCCAGUAACAACGACGGUGACACCUCCGCCGCCGCCAACAGAAACACCGGCGACACCAACAGCGCCGGCAACGCCAACGAGGGCAACGGAUGGGAGUGGAGGCGGAUACACCAUGGAUUAUUUUGGCUCGUCACCGAGUUUUAGUAGUGACGCAUCCAAGGGCGCCCUUGCUUCUAUUGCAAUGGCUGCUUCAUCAAUCUUGUUUUAUUUUCUAUUGGUUUGA